CUUGCUUCUCCCAUUUCCGUGUUGUUACUUUGAAUCACCAGCCGGUGGUACUGUCUCAGCUGCUCGCCCCAGAGGGGGUGGAGCCGGGGAGCCUGCCUCAGGGCACACGGGAGGAGACCCACGUCCAGCAGGACGUCACCAUGGCAGCAGAGGUGGCAGCGAUCCCAGCAGAUCCUGUCUGCAGGGGUUUCAAGGCCUCAAGUCAUGGAUCGCCUCAGGCACGGGUGGCGCAAUGCACUAUGGCCGCUAUGGAGACUGCGGCUGCAGUGGCUGUCCAGACCGCUGCGAUUCCCCAGUGGUGGCGACGGCGAGCUCUGUAUGAAGAGCAGGCUGCCGAUGGUUGGGUCCACAGCCCCCCGGGCUGCCGAUGGUUGGGUCCAAAGCCCCCGGGGGGAGAGCCAGAGACCCUCUGUCUUCUCCUUUUCAGAGGGUUUCAUAGACCAGGUGCAGUGCUUCUUUGUAGUGUACAAGGACUAGCAGUUAAUAUUGACCCAAUCUUAUAUACAUGGCUCGUCUACCAGCCUCAAAAGCGAACAAGUAGGCAUAUGCAACAGCCGCCCGUGGUAACUGUACCUCUUGUUAUGCCAAUUAAUAGAAGGAAAGAGGAUGAGGUGUCCACUGGAAGUGCACCUUUGGCAAAGCAGCAAUCUUAUCAGGCCUCUGAAUACGCCAGCAGCCCUAUAAAAACAAAAACAAUAACAGAAUCCCGACCGUUGUCAGUUCCUGUGAAAGCCAUGUUGAAUAUAUAUGAAAGCUGCAGAAGCCCUGAAGAAAGAAUGAAAGAGUUUAUUGGAAUAGUAUGGAAUGCAGUGAAGCAUCUCACACUACAGCUUGAGUUACAAUCUUGUUGUGUGUUCAUUCCAAAUGAUAGUCUGCCUUCCCCAAGUACAAUUGUAUCUGGUGACAUUCCUGGAACAGUAAGAAGUUGGUACCAUGGGCAAACCAGCAUGCCAGGAACACUUGUUCUCUGUUUACCUCAAAUAAAGAUUAUUAGUGCUGGUCACAAGUAUAUGGAACCUCUGCAGGAUAUUCCAUUUGUCAUCCCACGACCCAUCCUUGAAGAAGGUGAUGCUUUUCCUUGGACUAUCAGCUUGCAUCAUUUCAGCAUAUAUACCCUUCUUGGAAAACAAGUGACACUUUGCCUAGUGGAACCUAUGGGUUGUACUUCUACUCUAGCUGUCACAUCUCAAAAAUUACUUGCUGCAGGCCCGGAUACACGACAUUCAUUUGUUGUCUGUCUCCAUGUUGACCUUGACUCACUAGCGAUAAAAUGCUCUAAUCCCCAGGUUCAGCUCUUCUAUGAGUUAACUGAUACCAUGAAUAAUGUCUGGAAUAAGAUUCAAAAGAAAGGCAGUUUCAAUCCAUCUUCAGCCUAUCCAGAGUCUAUGACAGGGCCUGUCCCUUCUUCUCCAGUUAGAAGCAGUAUAGGCACAGCUCCUCCAGAUACGAGCACAUGCAGCCCAUCUGCUGAUGUUGGAACUACUACUGAG